AUGUAUCCAAGCUUCGGAUCAGGAAAUAGACAAUCAUCAGCCUCACAAAGUCGUUCUUUAACAUCUGCAUCACAACCUAAUUCUGCUAGGAACACAAUACAAGGAGGGUUUUCCAGUAUGAUACCUCAACCAACUGCUCAAAACACAUCGUAUGCGGUAGGACAACCAUCUCAAAUACCACCAUAUCAAACUGCUUCUCCAUUAACAUCAUCGUCUUCUCAUGCAAGCUCUUAUCUCGUAAAUACUCCGAUAGCGAAUACAAAUAAUUAUUCACCAUAUUCACUUCCUAAUUUUGGACAACAACCAUCAACAUUUCAAGGAGGUAGUAGUUCUCAUCAAACUCCAUAUCCACAAGCAUCUUUUAGUAAUCAACCACCAUCAGCACCACCGUCAAUAAAUACUGCAAGGUAUCAAAAUCCAUAUCCACCACCAAAUCCUUAUCAACCAUCAACUCCUUAUCAACAAUGGAACGUAUAUCCACCUCAACAAGGCAAUUAUCCACAAAAUAAUCCACAACAACAGUCUUUUCCAAAUCCUUAUCCAUCAUCAUAUUCUCAACAACCUCAAGGUGGUGGUUACAAUACAAAUUUUCACAAUGAGCGUCUUCGAGCAAUAGCUGGAAAAUAUGAAAUUAGUGAUGCAUUACUACAACGUCUAAAUAUACUUCAACAAUUUGAAAUUGUUGUACUUUGUGAUGAUUCGGGCUCAAUGAAUACACCUGUCGACGGAACAACUGGUACUCGUUGGGAUGAGUUACGAGCUAUCGUGCAAAUCAUUAUCGAUAUUGGUACUAUAUUUGAUUCAAAUGGAGUUGACGUACAUUUUCUUAAUCGACCUCCUAUGCUCAAUGUUACUGAUCCUCGACAAGUUGUUGAAUCAUUUAGUAAACGUCCUCAAGGAUUUACACCUCUUACUCCUGCUUUACGAGGAAUUUUUCAAUCAGCAGCAAGUAAACUUCGUGGUAACAAACGUCUAUUAGUUUUUGUAGCUACAGAUGGAGAACCAACUGAUAACCAUGGUAAUGUCGAUGUACAAAGUUUAGAAAAUCUAAUGCAACAUGAACGUCAAUCAAAUACUAUGUAUGUGACAUUUCUUGCUUGUACUGAUGAUCAAGUAAGUGUAGAUUAUUUAUCUCGAUGGGAUCGCACAAUGAUAAAUGUUGAUGUUAUGGAUGAUUAUAAAUCAGAACGAGAAGAAGUACGUCAAGCUAAAGGAUUCAAUUAUCCAUUUUCAUUUGGUGAUUAUGUAGUUAAAGCAUUGAUUGGCGCUGUUGAUCCAGAGAUGGAUGCUCUUGAUGAACGUACGAAUACUAAUAAACGUUGGUAG